GGCGGUGGCGACAGAGGUACAGGUGCCUUCGCCGUGCCGCCCACGCCUUGCCGUCGGUCCGCCGGCCUCUGCACCAGGCCUUCACGGCCGCUCUCCUGCCACACACUCGGCCUCCCCUCCGCCCCAGCAAAUGCAGGCCGCCGUCGUCCUCCCCGAGGAGAUCCGUUGGCUCCUGGCAGAUGCUGAGGAGUUUCUGGCGGAAGGUUUGAGGAAUGAGAACCUGAGUGCUGUAGUGAGAGACCACAGAGACCACAUUCUUCAUGGCUUUCAGCAAAUCAAAACGAGGUACUAUUGGGAUUUUCAGCCCCAAGCGGGAGACCAAGCUGAAAAUUACCUCGGACAGGACAGCUCUGAUGAUAAUCACAGUGUAACUCAUGGCCCACUCACAUCAGAUGCACCUUUGUUGUCAGAUUAUCAGGAUGAAGGAAUAGAAGACAUCACAAGAGGAGCUCAAGAGCUUGAUCACAUCAUCAAGCAAGGAUACUUGGAGAAGAAAAGUAAAGAUCAUAGUUUCUUUGGAUCAGAGUGGCAGAAGCGAUGGUGUGUUGUCAGCAGAGGCCUCUUCUACUACUAUGCUAAUGAGAAAAGCAAGCAGCCCAAAGGGACCUUUCUCAUUAAGGGCUACAGUAUACGGAUGGCCCCCUACCUGCGAAAAGAUUCCAAGAAAGAAUCCUGCUUUGAACUGACCUCCCAGGAUAGGCGCAGCUAUGAGUUUACAGCUACUAAUCCUGCUGAAGCCAGAGACUGGGUGGAUCAAAUAAGUUUCUUAUUAAAAGAUCUGAGCUCCUUAACCAUUCCAUAUGAAGAGGAAGAUGAGGAAGGAGAAGAGGAAGAAACGUAUGAUGAUAUUGAUGGUCUUGAUUCCCAAAAUUCUGGUUCCCAGUGUAGACCCAUUAUCUUGCCUGGGAGUCUGGGGUUAAAACAGCCCACAGAGGAGAAAGAAGAAGAAGAUAUUUAUGAAGUCUUACCAGAUGAAGAGCAUGCUCUAGAAGAGGAUGAGAGCGGCACUCGACAAAAAGGAGUGGACUAUGCCAGUUAUUACCAGGGCCUAUGGGAUUGCCAUGGUGACCAGCCAGAUGAACUAUCCUUCCAACGAGGUGACCUCAUCCGCAUUCUGAGCAAGGAGUAUAACGUGUAUGGCUGGUGGGUAGGAGAACUGAACAGCCUCAUCGGGAUUGUUCCCAAGGAGUAUCUCACCACUGCCUUUGAAGUGGAAGAAAGAUGAAGAAGCCCAGGACACAUAUCCUUCUCUCCAUCCUGCCUUUAUGAAGAAACUGAUCAAGACCUCCCACUCCCUACUCCUGCCGUCCCAUCAACAUCAUGGACUCUUCUCGUUACUGAAGAGACCCAAGUCUCUGACACCUUGUAGUAACUUUGAACCACCAAUAAGACAAGUGGGAAGAGACAUAUUCAGCAGACCUGUUACUAAACCUGCCUUGUCAUAACUCACCCCAUCUCUAACCAUGUCCACACAGCCACUUCUGUCCUUUCCACAGGUUUGUCACAGAGAAGGUGAGAGAGAAGGAAAUCUUUAGAGGAGGAAGCUGCUGGUUGUUUUUGGCUGAUUUGAAAAGCACAAAUAAACUUCAGAUUUGGUUCCUUGCCCUGUGUGAUGGUGUUGAGUUUCUUUUUGUAAUGGUAUCCAAAAUGCCAUUCUUGCCACCUCCAAACAAAGUAGGAAAGGAGAGCCAGAGAACAAACUGAAGCCAGCUAGAGAAGGGGACUUGCAAUUGUCUUUCAGGGUAGGGUCAUCUCUGGAACCGAGGCCUGACUGGUUACGGCUCGGCUUCACAGACUUCCUUUGGCUGCCUCCUUGGUCAUUUUUUCUUAUGUGCUGAAUCUCUCUGACAUGAGACGGGGUUAGCAGCAAGUCCUUGGAGUCAGCACAUUGGAGAGUUCCUUUUCGGUCUCGGUUAACUACCCCUCUGUGGCCUGCACCCCUAGAUAGGGGCCAAAGAAGUGCUUUGAGGAGGGCUUGCGUAUACACAGCCCUGUUUCCUUUUCCUGUUGCUUCUACCUAGCACUUCAGUUACCUGUGCCUUGCAGAGGCAGCAAAACAUAGUAGUUAAGAACAUAAACUCAGGAACCAGACAGCCUGGAAAUAAGCCCCAGUUCCCCUUUUACUCCGUGUGUUCUCUAGAGCAAGUUACUUGAUCUUUUAUGCUUCAAUUUGCUCACCUUAGAAGAGGUAUACUCCAUCUCACUGAGUCACUGGAGAGAUUAAAGGACAAAACUCUGCAAUGUCCUUAGAAAAAUGCCUGGUACAUAGUAACUGCUCAAUAAGGAUUAGCUAUUAUUAUUGCCUGACACUGCAUGAAAAUGUUGAAAACUGAGCAGCUACAGAAAUUGCCUGUUGCCUAUUCAGAGCAGUCCUGGAUUGGCAGUAGCUUCCUCACCUCUGUAACAACCAUGUUAUAGCCCUGCAGUAAGACACCCAUGUCACAUGACUGAGAGAAACCAGGGAGCAAAAGAUUCUAUGCCAGCUAUUCAUUUCCAGAUUUUCUGACCCAGGAGUAAAAGACAAGGGAGCUUUGUGUGUAUGUGAUGGAUAAAGAGGUAAGAGAAGGGGACGAUUUAAGUCUGGGAGGGAAAAAGAAAAGGCAAUACAGAACAGUCCAUGACGUCCCCUCCUUUUUACACAGCGUGCAAGAGGAGAAGGAACCACUAGGUGGCAGCAUAUGAGCAGAUGAACCAAAGAAAACCAAUUGCCUCCAGCUUUAGGAACCUUUGCACCAAUCCCAACCUACAGGUAAGGACAAUGGGCAUUGUUCUAAUAUGUUUAACUGAGGGAACAAACAGAAACUCCCCUUUCUCUCCCUGGAGAACCCCCCCCCAGGGACCCAAGUCUGGAAGGCUGGGAGGCUAAGAGGAGAGAAUAGCAUUGUGCUACUGCUCCGUGACUGAAUGAGCGCACCAGAAGAGGAAGGGCAGGUAUCUGGGGAGAUGAAAAGGGGGCAAGAUCAAGGUAACUACUCUCUGCACAGUUCCAGGUCUCUCAAUAACAUGGCCAUUGACUUUCAGCGUUUAAAACAAAAUCUCCUUAGUGCAACAGUCCCUUCUGGACCUGUUGACCUGAGGAAAACAACCAUUUGCCCUGCUGCAAGAGUCUUUCAGCACCCCCAUCGACUGCAGGGUGGGCACCACACUCAGACCUCUGACCCUUCUAGCUGUGACACUCAGUGGAAAAAGACAUUAGACCGGCCCUAAAAGAUAUCAACAGAUGGACUGAUUGGAGAUCUGGUCCAUAGCCAUCUGGCCAUCUCUGACAUUGUUACAUGCAGGAAAAGAUAGAGCAAGUUCGAUGGCUUGAUGAGACUAUUUACAGGGCAUUCUCUGUUAGGGGAAAGUUCUAAAGGAGACCUUGGAAAAGCAGCAGAUUCCCACAGUCUUUCUGGAGCUCAGCCUCGCCUAGCAAAACUGUUCCCCACUCAGUUGGACAGCACCAUCUCCCCAACAGCCUCAGAAAGCAACUAGCUAAUCAGAUUCCCACUUCUCUGUUUGACGGCACCAACCAAAUCCCCACCUUACUGCCUGUGACUAACUGGGUAACUGGGGCAUUAGACAACUUAACUAAACACAUUGUAUGUAAAAUGGGUUCUUAAUAGCUACUAAUUGCUCUGCGAGUGAAACAGGAGAGGGUUAGAGGAGGGGAGGCACUUUUCCUUCCUUGCUUUUAUGUAAAGAGAAAAUAAGAAAGCUCAGAUCCAAAAUUUAAGAAGCAAAUGUGUAGUUGCCUUUUACAGAUGAAUAAUUUACACAGGACUUACAUCCACUGGAUACUCUGACCUGGGGCUGGUACAGUUUGGUCUAUAUUAUAUCUGAGAAUAUCUGAGAAUAAUAAAUGCUCUGAAAGCAGUCGUUCAUGUACAUUUCAUUAAAAAUACAUUUUUUCUAGUGUGUUUUCUCUGUCAUCCAUAUCACAAAAUAGCACAUUGUUUUGCAGUUACCUCAAUAUUAAAUUUUCCCACACGAUGGCCUAUUAUCUCUCUUAAAAAUCUGUAUUUAAUUCAAAACCAACUACAUCUUUCCCUCUGGUGAAUAAAAAUGGGAAAGAGAAUUCCUAUUAAGUCUCAUUCCCUAAACCCAGACAGUUUGAUUCCAUUUAAAGUGAGAGCAAUGACAAAAAGUGGGGCCGACUAGAUAGCCUCCCUCCUGUUUGAGACAGAUGUUUUAUCUAAACACAAUAUGUAAGGAAUAGCCUGGAUUUCAAGUUAUUAUUAACUUUUUUUUUUUUUUUUAGCACUUUACCUUGCUCACUUAUUUGUAAUCAGUUAGUCUUUCCAAGUGUCAAAACUGAGGAUCUGAAAUGUGGUGACUUAGACAAAAAUCACACGAAAUCUGCUGUGGAAGAGGAAAUGAAAGACUUGAAACGAAAGAUUCUUGAAAUUCUCAGUCUGCUGCUUAGCUUCUUGAAUCACUCACGUUCUACUGCAGUUAGACACCUCCAAUGACACAUUUUCAAAAUCUGUAUUUCAUGCCAGUCACUUGCGCACAAUAAAGCAGUGGUGUCAAUGCAAAGAGCAGGAUUGGGGGAUGGGUGGCAAACUCCUGCCUUUAAAAACUAGUCUGAGAAAGAUGGAGUUGAAAAGUAUGUAUGUUUUUGUUUUCUUUUUUGUUUUUUUCUCAGAUGCCAGGGACAGAGAUGCUUUAAUCUUUGGCCCAAAAAAAGCCCUCCCGGCAGGUCUCCCCACCAGGAGCGGCUUUCAAAGGAUAAAUCUUGAGUGGCACUGAUUUGCUACUUCCCAGAGCACCAGCAAAAUCAGUGGAGCUGACUUUAGAAAAAGCAGCCGUCCACACAGAGGAUUAUCCCUGCUACACAGCCCAGUGACUCAAGCUAAUUUUCUAGUUUGUGGAUUCCCAUAGUCCAGUGCUCCUCCCCUCCCCUCCUGACCAGCCAUUUUAUUUCCCAUUAGAAUUUACAGAGGUUGGGAAGGGAGUUUGAAACUUACAACUAAAAAGAGUUUUUUUCUUCUUCAAGGGAUUUGAAUUAUUCUCCCUAUUUUCCUAUCAAUAACUGUUCAGAAAACAUGCUGGGUUUUGGGGGUUUUUUUUUCAUGAGUAUAAAUCAAUGACCAUUCUUUUGCAACUCUUUGGGAUUCAAUUAAUAAUACAUUUUAAAAUGUAGCCCAUUUUGUACAAAAAUCUGUUAUAAAUCUAAUCCCCACCCCCAAAAAACCUAUUGUGUUAGAGGAAACAGAGGUAUAACUAAUAGGAUGAGCAUGUAAUUUAUUUUCCAGACAGACACUUUUGAGACUGAAAGGGGGAGUUAUUGAUAAUGACUCCAAGACCACACCAAGAUGAGUGGUCAACCUAAAAAUAAGGCAACAUGGGUUGCCCGGUCACCAGGGGAGUGGGCAGUAGAUAGAUUACCUGGCUCUCUUGGUAUGAUGCUUGGCAAUGUCCCUUUUAAUGAAGUCCUCUCCCUUGCAGGCCUGUUUCCUAGGCAAACCCUGCCAACUAGGCUUUCUUUUCCUGAUGCCCAGCCUGUUCUGAGAGGUCUGGUGUCCCUGGCAUCACGCUGCUUGUGGGGCUGGCCAGCUGACAGCAGCUGUGUGUGUUCUGUUCCCUCAUGGGGCCCCAUCACAACCUGACACCCCUCCGCCUGGCAGAGUGCCACAGAGGGAAGCAUUUCUGUGGCACUGGGCAAUAGUAUGCCACUUCCUUGCCUCCUGUGAUUGGAGUAAGUUCCAAGAGGCUUCUAGCCCUGGUCCUCAAACAUAGCAUCUGGUUGCAUUGUGGAUGCUCUUAACCUGAUGGUGAGCAGCUGGCCACCUUUUAUUCCCCCACAUCUAAUCAUGGAACAGAAAACAGGCUACAAACACUUCCCUUGUCCCCACGGUCAGACACUCCACCCAGCAUGGCUCUGCCUUGAAUCACCCAGGUGGCACAUGUACACACCACCUACAUUUACUGGAUGCUGCUCACGGUAGGCACCCUGCUAGGCCUGUCACUAACCUAUUUCACCUCUGGGAAAGCGCCUGGCAUCUGGGGUUUGGAGCUCAUUUCUUCAACCUCUCCAAGGCAGUAGAGUGGAAGUUUGGUGGAGAGGCCAAACUUGGAGCUUAUUACUUCAUUCUGCUGGUGCAGGGUUUCUAAACCGGGCACAACUGACACUUUGGGCCAGAAAAUUUUAUGUUGGGGGCACUAUAGAAUGAACGUUCAGAAGCAUCCCUGGUCUUUACACAUUAGAUGCCAGUAGUACCCCCCAACCCCUGUUCUGACAACCAAAAAAUGUCUCCAGACUUUGCCAAAUGUUCCCUGGGAACAAAAUCAGCCCAGGCUGAGUACCAUUGUGUCAAGGCACUUGGGUGUGCUUAGGACCAAGCACAGAGAAACUGCCCUGCCUUCUAGACGUUUUACUUUAGUGACAGGGAGAAGCUUACAGCUAGCUUGGGAAGACAUCAAGUGUAAAUGCCAUGAAGUCCUCAGCAUUUAAGAACCAGCUAGCCAGCCCCUCUGCUCCACAAGCACCUUUGACAUUUGCUCCCCGGCACUGCUGCAGAUUUGCAGUACAGAAAUGAUGUUUUCAAAUGAAUAAGCCCGUAUUUGCCAAUUUAGAGAGCUGCAUUACAGCGAGUCUCGUGUCUACAGCUCUGUGGUUACUGUUUCCCUUUUCAGUGGCAGUAACCUCUGAAACUCUUCAUCGGGACCAAGGGGAAUGCUGUGUACUACUACCUCAAGAAACACAUGCUCAUAGAAACGGCGCAGAAGACAGCUGAGGCUGAAAGGCGAGUGCUCUGGUUCCCUCCGCUUUGCACUGGGCUGGGCUGGUGCAGUGCUCACUUCAGUCCCCAGGCAGACGUGGGGAGUCAGGCUGGGAAUCAUGGCUGGGAUUUUCCUGGCCCUUCAUGUUAGUUUAGGGGCAAGUUUCCUCCUACAAAAUGACUCCCAGGAGCUCUGUCAAGAACUGAAAAAAGAAAACAAAACAAAAGCGAAACCAGUGCCUUCUCAGGAGGCCGAGAUAGGCAGAGGGGUCCGGUGUCUUUGUUGUCUCUGCCAGCGCAGGCCAGACAGGAUGGCCAGCACUGGCCCUGGUGCCAGCGGAGCCGUCGGUACCGCCUCCCACGGGCCCUGAAUCGGAGGCACCUGGAAGGGUUAUUAGCAGGAUUGGAACUCAUCCCUCUGCUGGGACUAGAUCAUAAUUACAGUAAUUUUCUAAUAGAGCUCGGCAGUAGGACUGUUUAAUCAGCAUCUGACUCCCUAGUGCUCCCAGCCCUCAUCACUCAAGGAGAGGAGUGGGAUGGCUCUUAAAGAGACAGUGCCCGCCUUUCAGCAUUUGGAACAGAUGUGCUCUAAUUGGUAGAAUAUAUCUAAGUCUCGUAGCUUAUAGCAGGCAGGUUGCAUUGCUUCCAACAAACCGCCUCAGGCUCUCACUAUUCUGGGCCUUCUGCUGGAAGAAUUCGGGUCAGGCUGCUAGUGGACCUGGCUUCCCACACCAACAUGGCCACUGGGGAAGGGACACACACAGGGACAGAGCACUCGUGGGAGGAUCUAAACUAACUGCUCCUUCGAAACAGAUGGUAUGAAGGAAAAAGUGCUUGGUUGAAGGACAGGAAGAAGGGACUCGACAGCCAGAUAAGAAACUGGCUGGUGGUUUCUCAGAAUCCAAAGAUUACAGAAGCUUUCAUGUUCCUGCCCUUCUAAGGGGGUAAAAAACCUUAAAGGCUUUUAGGUAGUCUCUUAAUUCUCACACUCCAGCUUGAUCAUCCCUCCCUACUUAUUAUUGAAGCCCCUUUCACUGCUAUAUAAGCACCCCUUGUUUUUUCCCUCUUUUGCUUGCUGAACAGAAUUAUUCACUCUGCCCAUUGAGUUAGGAGCACUGUCUCCUAAAAAGUGGCUCUUGUUAUCCUUUUAAGCAUAAAUUGUCCAUGUUUAUUGUAUCUUGAGAGUUCAAGUUCCAGCGUUCCAGUUCCAAAUCGAGCCAUUACUAAGGUGGAACUGAUUUCUCCCCAAGAACUUAUUUCUCUAAUAAGAUGUGAGGACUGGCUCCUGCUGUCCUGUUGGUAAGCCAGAUGCGGACUUGGUCUUUGUAGCAGUUCCCAAAACAGUUCCUCAGAGAAAAGAGCUGGGGCAGAGAGUAGAUGGAGAUAAAAGAUGGGUCGGGGGCUUCCAAAGCUGUUAAGGAAACCCUCAGGGAAGAAGGUAUAGUGGUAAGGAGAACAGGAAGGGGGACACGCAUCCAGAGUUCAAAGAAAGGUUACCUUGAGUCAGCAACGUGCCCUCUACAGAGCUGAGUCCCUGCUGGCAGGGGGCCGCCCGGGACGGGUGGCUUAGGAUCAGUGCCCAGGCUUGACUGAGGAAGUUACUAUCUCACACUGCAGUGGUAAUCUGCUUGGCUUUCGCUGCGUCUCAGCUGGCUGCCCGCACAUAAAUCUGCAGAUGCCACUCCGGCGCGACUGAGUGCUCCUGCGGCCUCUGAGGCAGACCAGGAGCUGGUCUGUUUCCAUUUCUACCUACAACCCCAGCUCGCAUCCUCCCGGCCCGCUGUCCGGCCCGCUGUCCUCCCCACCGCUAGAUGUUAAGAAUAUUCAGUAAGAGCUGAGGCAUCUAAACAAAUUCACAAACAAGGAGAUAAUGUCCAAUCAGAUUGUUAAAAAGUCAUGAUCACCUCCCAAGCAAAGGACUUAGCAGUCAGAAAUCUAAGGACGAUGGAGGAGUUCUGAUUUCCAAGAACUGAAAAGCAGAGGGUUUUUUUGUCCUUGAGUAGUGGUGGGUUUAUUUCAGUUUUUUUUAAAAAGGUUUUUGGGGUGGAAAUAACACUUGUCGUACAGAGCUUGGAAAGGAUCUCUCACAUGAAUAUAUUCUACUACCAUCUAAAAACUUUUUUUAAAAAUCCAUGCUCAGCUCAGUGUCCUCAGCUAGAAAAUGUGUGUAAUACUUGCCCUGUCCUUCUCACUGGGCACUGAGGUCAAAUAAAAUGAUGUUGGUGAAACUUAUGAUUUUCAUACAAAAAAA